AUUAACGUAUCGCCACCUGUCAAUCAAACAAAUGACAUGACCAAUGAGAAACGUCAAAUUAUUCAAUCCGCAUCGCGUUGCCGUCAGCUGACAGCUGACCACCAUUUUGUCCGACAUCAGCGGUCUGGCGGACUUUUUAAAAAUAAAUCGACGUUUACAGUCAACGUUUUGAUCAUGGUGAAAAGGUGUAGCUGGGGUACCUGCAACUCGGACACGCGGUACCCGGAACGACUUGCUGGUGGUAUCACCUUUAUUCCAUUUCCCAAGCCUGCCAGAAAUUUUGACAAAUGUCAACGAUGGAUACGUUUGUGUGGUCGCCCCAAGUAUCAACUGAACAUGGAGAUACUUCGUGACCACAGCCGAGGAAAACAUUUCUUCGUAUGUACAAAGCACUUUGUUGAUGGAAAACCCUCCAAGACAUUUCCGGACCCUGCGUCUGCACUACCUCAUGAACAAAAUGAAAAUCCAAAGACAGUAAGACCACGACCCAAACCACGCUUGCCAUUUAUGGGCGACAGAAAAAGGAAAGUUCUUCUUGAAACACACAGAUGUAAUCAUGAUACAGAUAUUUCUGAUUCACCAAAUCAGAUGGAUAUGGAACAUCCAGAGCCUACAACCAUGCAGCAGGAAUCUGAUAUUCUUGUCCAACAAAGUGACACCAUGGGUCCUCUGCCACUUGAUAUGCUGGCUCUAGCUGCAGAGAACAAGCAACUCAAAGAAGAUAUGGCCAAACUGAUCCUAGAAAAGGAGGAGCUCAUGCGUGCC